GUGUCCCGUGCUCAUGGCGCUCCCGUGCACAUGUGAGCACUUUUAAUCUGGAUCAUCCCUUCCUCAUCCAACGUCCAGCAGCAAUUUUACAUAAACCCCCUCCCGCCGUAGCUCCUGCACUCUCUGGUUCAUUGUGAUUUGCCCCCGAUGGCCCAGUGGACCGGACCGGACCGAACUAGGCGCCCUACGCUGAUCGCACAACUGAUGGUCUUCCUAUUCGUCCUGCGUGAUGGGCUGAUGGCAGACGGCAGACCUCACCAUGGCAGCCCGCCGCCUCUAGGUCUUCCCACUGUUUGUGUGCGUGAUGGCAGACCUCACCAUUGAGACCUCUCUCGGCGCUGUGGAUGGAGAAGGGAUCGCCGCACCAGCCACCGAGGACGGGGGUGAUGAGAGACAGGUGCAAGGCAUCGAUGUGAUGCACAGUCAGGCCGUGCGUCGCCUCUCCUUCGAAUCUUGGUUGGAACAAUCGCGUAUUACAUUGGGUGAAUCGUCCUCUCAAGGUUUUUGUACACCCAAAAAAAGGCCAUACGUCCCUACAAUGUGUGCGUCAUUCAUACCCAUCUGUGUGGACAGAAGGAAGCCUGUUAUUGGAAUGUCCUUUCAUUCUUGUAAUGACGCAGAGGAGUUCUACAAAUCAUAUGCACAUGAUGGAGGGUUUUCAGUGCGUGUUGGUUCUCAAAAUAAAGCUCUUGGUGAGGUUAUUAACAAGAGAUAUAUGUGUUCAAGGGCUGGUUUUAAGAAGGUGAAAGAGGUCGAUGAUCCCCCUAAAAACCAAAAGAACCACGCACUAACAAGAUGUGGUUGUGAUGCAAACAUGUAUGUCAAGUUGGGCCCGGAUAAGAAGUACCAUAUCACUUCAAUGGUUGAGGAGCAUAAUCAUCCACUUUGCUCGCCUAAUAAGAUUCCUUUUCUUCGAUCAAACCGUGUUGUGAGCCAAAGAGCUAAGAAUACAUUGUUUACAUGCCACAAAGCAAGCAUAGGUACCUCACAGGCAUUCAGAAUCCUACAAGUUAGUGAUGGUGGAUUUGCACCUCUAUAUCAGCUUCAGGAACCUGAUAGUCCUCAUCAGUUUUGGAGUCAAUUGUUCCCAUGUUUUUACAUCAGACAUGUUUUCAAUCUGCAUAAGGUGCUGAACCUGCGACACUUAAGGGGACAAAUCUUGAAUCCUCCACCUGAAAUUUUAGAAAUUUCAGGAAAAAAUUGAAGUUAACAAUUUCGUUUUCCAUAGCUAAAAUUUCAGAAAAAAAUGAACUUAACAAUUCCUCUGCACAUGGGAUCGAGCGUGGGCGGCAGAAACGGACGACGCCUGUGACUGAUGACGACCGCACCAACUCUCGCUGUCGCUGGCUCUUCCUGACGCUAGCUGUGACGCCGGUGGGCAGUCCCGCGUCCGCCUCCGCCUCCGCGUGGUCGUGGGACCUCCGCCUCCGCCCGUGGUCGUGGCGCCUCUGGCGGCCUGGGUGGCCAUGGCGAGCUCGAACAGCCACAUGGACAGCGCUGGCAGGGGACUUGAGCACGCGGCAGACAGGACUGGCGGGGAGGACGACGAUCGAUUUGGGAGCAGAGCGCAGGGUGCCCGGUUCAGUCCGGUCCGGUCCACGGGCAAACCAGAGACUACAGGACCUACGUGGGAGGGUGUAUCUGUAAAAAUGUCGCUGGACGUUGGAUGAGGAAGGGAUGGUCCAGAUUAAAAGUGCUCACAUGUGCACGGGAGC